GUGAUUGAGUCUUGCUGUUAGUUUUUGUUAUGGAUAAGGGCUUGGAUUUAUAGCGAUUUUUUUUUGGUUAGUAUGACGACUUUACCAGUCGGCAAUGGCGCCUUCAUAUCCAGCGAAGACGAUAAUGGCGCCCUGAGGCAUGAGUUGGCGCCGAGUACGCCUAGCGGUGACCUGGACACUGUUACCUCCAGCUUAGAUAGCAAAAGCGACGAGGAGAAAGAGUUGGAGAACGAGUCUGGGCUCGCCCCAGAGUCACAUGGGAGACCAGUCAGCGAGGCUGGCAUAAGUCGUCCAGUGACACGUACCAGAUCGCAGAAUGGAUACGGCUGUGACGAUAUUGAGGCAGUAGGGGGGAUAGCGGAGGAUGACCUCUUUAUCGUCGGUUGGGAUGGAGGGGAUGCAGACCCGUUGAGCCCCAGGAGUCGGAGCAAUUUUCAAAAAUGGACGAUUGUGCUGAUUAAUUCGGUAGCGGCUGGCUCUGUAACUUGUGUUUCUUCCAUAUACACUGCCACCUAUGAGCAGAUCUUGCCGGAGUUCCACACCAGCAGGAUUGUAGCCACGGUCGGGCUUUCCCUCUUCAUCUUUGGCCUUGGGUGCGGGCCCAUGCUGCUCGCGCCGCUCUCCGAGUUCUAUGGCAGGCGUCCCAUCUAUCUGGUCUCCUUCGCAUUCUUUAUCAUCUGGAUCACCCCUUCUGCCGUCGCUCAGAACAUAGCCACCAUUCUAGUCUCUCGCUUCCUCGACGGCUUCUCCGGCUCCGCCUUCCUCUCCAUAGCCGGCGGCAGCGUAUACGAUCUUUACUCACGCGACGACCUGCAAGCGCCCAUGAUGGUUUUCACCGCCUCGCCCUUCAUCGGCCCCGUCCUCGGUCCCCUGCUCGGAGGCUUCAUCAACCAGUUCACGCACUGGCGGUGGACGUACUACGUGCUCCUCAUCUGGAAUUUCGUGCUGUGGGUUCUCAUCAUCCUCUUCGUGCCCGAGACGUACCACCCCGUGCUCCUGCGCAACAAGGCGCGCAAGAUCCGCGCCGAGACAGGCGAUGACCGCUACAAGGCCCCGAUGGAACUGAGCACCAAGACCAUCCCACACGAGAUCCGCAUCUCGCUAUACCGGCCCUUCCAGCUGCUAGCACUGGAAUUCAUGGUCUUGAAUCUGUGUGUCUUCUCUGGAUUCCUGCUGGGUAUCCUGUACAUUUUUUUCGGCGCGUUUCCGCUCGUCUUCCGCAAUAACCACGGCUUCACGCUCUCGCAGAUCGGGCUGACGUUUCUUGGCCUCCUGGUGGGGAUGCUGAUUGCGCUAGCGACGGAUCCGUUCUGGUAUAGGAAUUAUAGGAGGCUCGUCAAGAAGAAUGAGCAUAAUGGGGGGGCGGAGCCGGAGCACCGGCUGCCUCCUGCGAUUUUGGGUGCCGUGCUAGUGCCCGUUGGGAUUUUCAUAUUUGGAUGGACGACGUACAGCAGUGUGCACUGGAUCGUUCCGAUUAUUGGAUCUACCAUUUUUGCCAUCGGCAACGUUCUCGUCUUCACAGGAAUAUUCACAUUUCUUGUUGACGCUUAUCCGCAAUAUGCUGCUAGUUCACUAGCAGCAAACAGUUUUGUGCGCAGCUCUUUUGCUGCUGUAUUCCCUCUCUUCGGCGUGCAAAUGUAUAAUAAACUUGGAUACCAGUGGGCGACCAGCAUACCCGCCUUUCUGACAGUAGUGAUGAUGCCGUUCCCCUACCUCUUCUUCAAAUACGGAAAGCGGAUCCGUGCGAGGAGUCGUUUUGCUAAACCCAAAUAAAAGGUUGUUAUCAGAGAUUUGGGGGGAAAUUUAGAGCUAUAUAUCAAGGGCCUGACGUACCAUACCCGUUGAUCAACUCGAAGAGCGACGUUGGAGCAAUUUCGUCCCGUCGGGGUACAGAUACCACCAAUCUGGGUUACCAUCUUGGCAUUCCCAAUCUGUACUGUCAAAUCCUCGAGCCUUUAGUGGACCUGGUAAUAUAAGUUUAGUAUCGCUCGUUCCAUCGGGAUUUCUAUCAAGUCUACUUAACACGGCUGGUUGCAUUCUUUGCUGUAACCUCAUCGUUGGACGGACCAUCUAGAGCUUCGAACUUGAUGCGACUCCAAUCUGUCAUCGAGCAGUACAUGGGAUCUAGCUUCUGCCAGGCAAGGUACAAAGAUUGUUUCGCAUCGCUUGGCUCCAUCCCGGAACCAAGAUCGAACCAUCUCGUGGUGACUAUCGCAUUCCCUAGUCCUCCGAAAUCGAGGAAAUCGAGGAAAUCGAUGCGAUAACGUAUUUCACAUGCAAGCUGCGCACACAAGCGAGCUGCGCACGACAACACCAGAACGCGUCAACUUAACUUGACUACAGUCAACAAUGCCACGACCAACACAAGCCCAAUCCUCUAAUCGAGAGGGUAGAAUAUCCCAUCGAGCGCAUAUUGGAGCUCCCGCGCAAGCUGGCUCCCGGGUUCUAGAGAACUCAAACCCAGGUUCGAGCUCAGGCUCAAAGCCUGGCUCAAAUCCAGGCUCGAAUCCAGGCUCGGGUUCGAACCCAGGCUCGGGCUUAGAGCCAGCUUCUGGGUCCGGAAUUGGGUUGCCAGCUCGAAUAUGAGCUUUUACCCUCUUCUUCCGGAGGCGCUCCUGUUUCCGGGCCUCAACCCCCACCCCGUAGAGCUGCUUACGGGCCCGGUUGGCAGCUUGCCGGGCUGCUCGGGCUUCCUUCGCCUGGGCCUUCUGGGCUAUAAGCUCAGCUUUGGCAGCCCGAAGCUCUACUCUCUUAUAUAAGGAAGAACCCUUAUAAAUGAGGCUAGAUUAUUCUUAAGGUCUAUAUCUCAUAUGGCAGUAUGUACAGCUUCUCUAUAGUAGUGCUUAUAUGGUUGGAAUAUCCCUAUGUCUAAUGGCUGUAGAAUGUGUGCAAGGUGUGAGGGAAAAGUAUAAAUGGGAAUGUUGCUCUCUGCUGCCCGAAUGACGAAAUCAUAGCUUGUAUGGUUAUAUGUGUUCUGGCCUAACCGUUAGAUCAGCCAGCUUGCGAG